AUGCCACCAGCCGUAAGUGGUAUCGAAACGUACGGGUCAGCGAUUCCAUACGCGGAGCCGCCGUGGGCACGCGGCCUUCCAUCCCCCUUCAUUCGAGAAUCGCACCGUCAAUUGCAAAAGGCAAUGCGGGAAUGGGUUGAAACAAAUAUGAUUCCAUUUGUGACCGAAUGGGAGGCAUCCCGCAGUAUCCCUCACGGUCUUUACAAGGCCUGUGCGGUGGGCGGCAUUCUGAUGCCCAUGGCCGCCGGUGCACGAAUUCCAGAGAGUUGGCGAGGAAAGUAUCCGAUCUUGGGAGAUGUCGACGGCAGUGAUUGGGAUGGAUUCCAUGACUUCAUCAUCCACGAUGAAAUGAUGAGAGUUGGGGGCAUUGGUGGCGUGGUAAAGACGCUGUGUGUUCCGGCCAUCUGGAAACACGGUAGGGGCCCAGCGAUCGACAGAAUCAUCGACGAGGUACUUUCCGGAGACAGUCGACUAUCACUCGCGGUGACAGAGCCCGAAGCCGGGUCGGAUGUGCAAGGAAUCACAACUGCUGCCACGUUAAGCUCCGACAAAACACACUUUGUCGUGAAUGGACAGAAGAAGUGGAUUACUGGGGGGAUGUACGCCGACUACUUCCUGACGCUCAUUCGGGCUCCAGAUGGCGGAUUCAAUCUCGUCAUCAUCCCCAAAGACUCAACUGUAACUGUCCGACCCAUGGAGAUGUGUGGAUCCACCUGCGCUGGCACUGCCUUUGUCGAGUUCGACGACACUCAUGUCCCGGUAGCAAACCGCGCGGGCGUAGAAGGCAAGGGGCUCACGUACGUUAUGUCAAAUUUCAACCACGAGCGAUUAUUUAUCUCCUUCCAAUCGCUUCGCUGUGCUCGAAUGUGUCUGGAGGACUCUAUUUCGCACACCAUAGCCCGCGAGACAUUCGGCCAGAAGCUUGCUGCACAUGCGGCAGUACGGAACAGACUAGCGCACAUGGCGCGUGAAACAGAAGCCCUACAGGGUUGGAUUGAGGGCCUGGUCUAUCAGUUGGACCACCUGAGUGAGGAGGCCGCCGUAGCUCUUCUUGCCGGGCAGACAGCGCAACUGAAGGCCCACUCGGGGAUAAUUCUUGAGCGUGUUGCUAGCCACGCCAUACAGCUGAUGGGCGGACUGGGCUUGACACGAGGUGGCCGCGGAGAGCGACUAGAACGGAUUUGGAGGGACGUCAAGGCUAUUACUAUUCCUGGAGGUAGCGAGGAUAUCCUCUUGGAUUUCUCCAUCCGCCGCGCCUUACGGGGCUGCAUGGACCAUUCUGAGUCUCGACAUCGCCCCACCAAGAUAUAG